UAGGGUUUAUUCAACCAAGAAAACAACUUAAUUCGGACAAUCUCCGCUUAGAGACAUUAUCGCCGAUCAACCUCAACGGUCGAACUGAACCUCCAAUCAAUUCCCGCAAAGUCAUAAAAUCACACACACUUUUCUUGGAUUUGUGUCUGUUUCCUGCAUCUUCACCCAGAAAUGGCACCUCACCAGAACCCCACACACGUGGUAGAGGACGAAGAAGAGGAUGAUUACAUGUCUAUGGUGAUUGAGGAGCCACAGCAGAAGGAAACAUUUGCCCAGAAAAAGCGUCGACAACAGAGGGAGGCCGAAGCUCGAGCCAGAGUUCCAUCCAAAGCCGAACUCGCUGCUCAGGAAGCUGAACGUCGCGAUGCCGCCUUAGCUACCAGCACGCUAAAUCCCUCCAACAAAGGGUUCCAAAUGAUGGCCAAACUUGGAUUCAAGCCGGGACAGGCAUUAGGUAAAUCUCAAAGUGAGAAUAAAGAAUCGAAUAAUACAUCCCGCGCACGAGCAGAGCCGCUCGAUUUGGUGUUCAAGGAGGACCGAGGCGGUAUCGGUCUGGAUAGUGAAAAGAAACGCAAGUUCCGGGAAGAGGUCGAAGAGGCAACGAAGAAAGUCAAACUGGAAGAGGGUGAUUAUCGAGAUCGCGUCCGCCUUGAACGGGAGACACGACGUGCGGAGGCUCAAUUUCACGCUGCGCAGAAGGUUGCGGAACGAUUAGAUGCGGAAGUGGACGCAGGAGCCGACCAAACGGCGAAGGGCCUGGAUGGGAAUGAAAAGGAACAGACGUUAUUUGAAGAAGGAAUGAGUGGCUCAAAGCCUUCGCUGCCAAAGGCCACGGCUAAACCGACCUCACAAAUCAACAUCCUAUAUCGCGGGUUAGUCCGUGAGCGAGAGGAGAAAGAACGUUCUAUUCAAGCUCGGCACCUGUUACAAUCGUCCCUACCGUCCUCAUUUUUCCCCAACCCGCAGCUACCAGGGUAUGAUGAUCCGACGCUGGAGCGAGAAGAUAAAGUUGCGCUCGACAACAAACUUGACACCUCAACUAUUCUUGAGCAAGAGCUUGAUGAAGAAGACCCAGAGCUGGAUGAGUUCAAUGCACUCGAGCCGGGUGAGCGGCUGAUUCGGGUAGUGCAGUAUCUGCGUGAGAAGCAUCGGUACUGUUUCUGGUGUAAAUAUCGCUAUGAGACCGAGGAAAUGGAGGGAUGUCCAGGUGUGACCGAGGAAGACCAUGAUUAAUGACUUAUCUGUAUUUUAUAGUACUCCGGAAACCGCAAUAGAAUUUACUUGUAUAUAUAUAGAUAGAGAACAUCAACACGGAUUUAAUUAUCAUGUUUAGACACAUCCCCAGUAAAUAUACAUUGACUUUAACAAGGAAAGAAAAGAAAAAUAUACAACCAAUAACUAAGGUAUAUGC